AAAUUUAGCGCAGAAGUCCGCCAUCUUUUUCUGUACCCUGUCUCUUCCUCUCGCCGGACAGGAAAGCUUCUCGUCCAGCCCGCAGACAUCAUGGCCAACCCCAGAGUCUUCUUCGACAUCACAGCCGACGGCAGUCCUGUGGGCCGCGUGGUUAUGGAGCUCCGCCCUGAUGUGGUUCCAAAGACCAGCGAGAACUUCCGGGCUCUGUGCACCGGCGAGAAGGGCUACGGCUACAAGGGCUCCACCUUCCACCGCAUCAUUCCUGAGUUCAUGUGCCAGGGCGGCGACUUCACCAACCACAACGGAACCGGUGGAAAGUCCAUCUACGGCAACAAGUUUGCUGAUGAGAACUUCACCCUGAAGCACGAGGGCGCCGGCAUCCUGUCCAUGGCCAACGCUGGCCCCAACACAAACGGGUCACAGUUCUUCAUCUGCACAGCAAAGACCACCUGGCUGGAUGGGAAGCACGUGGUGUUCGGCCGCGUGGUGGAGGGUAUGGACGUGGUGAAGAAGAUGGAGUCCUACGGCACCUCCUCUGGUAAGCCCAAGGCCAAGAUCAACAUCGCCGACUGCGGACAGCUCUGAGCGCCACCGGGACCCUCCCAACACGCACCAACGCCCCUCUGCUCCUGUAGUCUACCCCUUUAGGCUCCACCCCUCCAUGAAUCAACAUUCCCAUCGAUGGAGAGUCGGCCGAUAUCCCCCCCCUUCCCUUUUUGUGUUCAGAUCAAUGUUGCUGCAUCUGUGACUUUGUCUUUUUGAAGUUUCUUUUGCAUUAACGUUUUUCCACAACGCCCUGACGGUUUUUUGUUAAAUCGAAUAAAUCAGAAAAUAAAGAUGCCUUGAUAAUGAA